UAAUGGAAUAACGUAGUCUCUGGGGUUUUGUAUUUUGUUGUGAAAAUACCAUUGCACCUGGGAGGGUUCAAAAUGGUAGACACAUACUUAGCUGUGUUAUAUGUAUCAUGUAAAUGAUUGAUUUUAAUCCCUGUGGGUAAAAGGCAACAUUUGUUCCAUCCCUUUCUACCGUCCACCCUUUUCCAUUCAGUCACCUCCUUAUCAUUCAUCCUUCCCACUGUUUUAUCUCCUGUGACAGUCACUAUGUAACUUCUUCCUUUUGUACCAUAAGGCUCCCACACAUGAACACAAAUGCACAAAUCCAGCCAUUCUCUACAGUUUGUAUUUUGUAUAAAACAUAAAAUUUCAACAAGCUUUCCACAGAAAUUUUCUUAUUUAAAGUAGUAGUGAGAUUAAUUUGGAUUGACCGAGUGCACUGAAGAUGGAAGGGCAGCUAGGGUCACACUUAAGAACCUACCUUCUAGCAUCUCCCCUGUCUGCCCCGCAUGUUGCCUUGAGUCUCGGGUAGCUUUGUGGUAUGUGGAGAUUACUUUAGUUCUGUUACCUAAUGAUUUAAAUCCUUUGUGGGAAGUGAAUCGUUUUUGAAAGUGUGGGAUUUAGGCUCUUACCAUUUUAAAAAGAGGCCCCUCCCAUUCCUGUAAUGUAUGGAUUUUUUUGGUGCAAAAGUUGUGUAUUUCUGGUGUGUGUGUGUGUGUGUGUGUGUGUGUGUGUGUGUGUGUGUGUGUGUGUGUGUAGUCUCCCAUCCGGAGUCUACCAUCCAAUGUCGCCAUGUGAUAGAUAAUGUGAGAGAUUGUUAGAACAGUGACAGUUGGGUAGUUCUGUGGGAUUAUCCCUAAUGUUGUGGGUAUUAAUGAUGAGGGGAACUCCUGUCCUCUAUAUCUGUAUCUGUUUCUCUGUGGCUGAUGUUUAAAACCCCAUUGAUUGCUUUGUUGUAAGGUGCUCAUGCCUCUUCCAUUGCCCCAAUUGGUACCUGCGCACUACCUCUACUCCUCCACAACCUACUACACCUGUUCCGCUAUGCCCAAGCGACUUGGCUGUACCUGAGCUAGGCCCCUGAGUCUGCAUUGAGUUUAACUGCAAGGUCCCAAGCACCACCGCUGAGGGAGGCUGCCGGAACACUCACUUGUGGCCGUGUUGCCGCAGAGAGGGCUUACGGAGCCAUGUAACGGACUGCAGGGAGUGGGAGGUAUGGCCUGUCAUCAAAGAAGCCAUCCCUAGUGCGAACCCCUCCUGUGUCUGGCAGGAAGUCCCAAGGCACGCCAUGUGUUGCAGACACUGCUUCCAGCCACAGCAUCAGCAGUUUGCAUUGAUUUCUCACAAGGAUUUUGCAUUUGCUUCUUCCUGCUGGAUUAGGAACCUGAAUUUGUACAGAAAACAUCCAGAUCCUUCAUAGUUUGUGAAUAAUUUCCCCCUGACCUGGAGUUUUCUUGCCGAAUGCAUGUGAAGGACUAAGCUCUGGCAGGGAUUUACAAAUGAACAUUACUGUCACUGCUGAAUUUGAUUGACUGGAUUGGAUUUAUGAACUGUGAACUACUUCUACUAGUACUACUACUACUACUGACAAACUGCUGCUGCAGGGUCAGUGACCUCAGUCAUUUAACCUGAAUAUUUCCACCGGUCUCCAAAGGACUUGGAAAAUGUGCCUGCUGAUGUUUUAACUGUCAUUUUGACAAUUGAACAAGGCAACACUGAUGGAACUGAGCUCUAUUGUGAAUGAACAUUUUGACUUCCACAGAACUUGAUUUUUCAUCAAGAUGAGCGCCUGUGCCUUGUUUGAAGUUCAGAUUACAUCACCUGAUGCAUCUGAGCUCUUUUCCAGGUUUUCAUUGUCAAUGGAUUAUAAUAUCCUUUCAACGCUUGAUGGGUUCUUGUUUUGGCCUUAUGCUGGUUGACAGUUGGGCCUGGAAUGCUGUAACCAAUCCAUAGCUGGACUUUGUUUGGCUCAUGCUGCACUGAUAACCAGACAUCAUCGUGGAUUCCCAUUCGCUGCUCAGCUUCGCUGUCAACCAAGUUGCCGUUGGGCGUGGGAUGCAAGUGACCACUUGUGCACAACUGAAUAGCCAAAAAGGUCACUGUUUCAUUGGAAUGGAAGAGUGCGGUUCCACAUGUCAAGAUUUUGCAUGGCUUCAAACUCGGCUGCAACUAUGGAGCGAAAUGCAAAGCCUAUUAGCAAAACUGACUGACAUUAAUGUGGUUGCAGCAUGACUUCAGCAGACUGAGAAUGGGCUCCACUUUUCACCCGUAUUGCAUCGCCCUUCCAGGCACUGAUACAUCAGUCAUUCUGCCUCUGUACUUGACCAGUCACAAACUACUAGUCACUCAAGUCUUCAAUUUUCACACGACGGUGGCGUUUGAAUCAGAACAUCUGCUGUAAAAGUCACCAAGUUUGGUCGCCUGCGUGAUGGUUUGAAGCAAAACUGUUUCAAAUGACCAAUAACUACCGCUUUUGUCAACCAUGAGUAAAGCCUGAGGGGGAGGUCAGAGGUCAGAAGGGGAUGCUUUUCUCCUGUCUCGAAAGAUGAGAUGGCUGUCUCAGGAGUCCAAUCACGGAAUUGACUCCUGGACCCUGUGUGCCACAGGAUGGCUGCUUGUCUACUCCUUCGGUUCCUAGGACUGGCUGAGUGACAGUGGGGAUGACGGUGCCAAGGACAAUUUCUCCAGGGAAUUCAAAGACCACACCUGUCAUGCCCGAAUUAGGGGUUGAAGGACAUUUAAAACCACCCCUUUCCCGAAAGAGACUUGUUUGUUGCUAGUGAAAGGAGACUAUUUGAACAGUACAUCCCCUCAGAAACAAAACGAGCACUUCCUGUCAGCCGACCAGUCAGCAUACUCUCAAACUGAGUCCUGUCCACACUCCUCAUCUACCUCUGAUUGGACCCUUGUUGGCUAGAUACAGUACACACUGCGGUGCGGUUGGGCCAUAGCCGAGCCAAGUGAAGAUCAGGUGUCAAUGAGUGCUACACCAAAGUCAUUCACUGCCCGAAAGAUCUCGUUGAACACAGCUAGUAAGCCCUCCCUGUGUGUUGGGGGCACGGCGCAAACGGCAGCCUCCUCCACGGCUCUACCGGAGUCCGAGACCGGGGGCCAGGCAGCUAGGAAGAGAAGGUGGGGCUCGAGCACUGUUGUUACUGCCAAGAAGCCGUCCAUCAGCAUCACCACAGACUCACUGAAGUCUCUAAUCCCAGACAUCAAGCCAGCCGCAGGCGCCGGGCCACAGGAGGCGAUAGUGGACCUGCACCCGGAUGAGGGGCACCUCUCCGCAGAUGAGGAGGCUGCUGAUCGAGGCGAGAGGGGGGACCAAGGCCUGGAAAAGGGCUUGAAGAUCAGGCGCACAGUAACGCAGGUGGUGCCUGCUGAAAACCAGGAGAACGGGCAGAAGGACAAGGAAGAGGAAGAGGAUGAGGAUGAGGAAAGACAAAGUGACAGGGUUGUUCUGGAGGAGGGGAAAGAUGGCUCUGCUGAGGUCGCCUUGGAAACGCAAGUGGUGCCUUCGGCCCGUGAGACUGAAGUAAAGAAAGUCACACCUAGUGACACUUUGGUGCGUCGCUCCAUCAGCCAGCAGAAGUCGGGCGUCUCCAUUACCAUCGACGACCCUGUCCGAAGCACAAAGCAGCCUUCGCCACCACGUGGCAAGAUCACAAACAUUGUCCACAUCUGUAACCUGGUAAGACCUUUCACUCUGGGCCAGCUGAAGGAGCUGCUGAACCGAACCGGAACUGUGGUGGAAGAGGGUUUCUGGAUCGACAAGAUCAAGUCACACUGCUAUGUGACAUACUCCAGCACAGAAGAGGCAGUUGCCACACGUGCCGCACUUCAUGGAGUUAAGUGGCCCCAGAGCAAUCCCAAAUUCCUCAGCGUGGACUUCUCAGAGCAGGAUGAGCUCGACUUCCACAGAGGUCUCCUGACUGUAGAACGCAGCGGUGGGGAGGAGGAGCGCAGCGUCCCUGCCGGGCCUCCCUCCGGACCCCCGGGUCGGCCGGGGACGCUUCCUCCCUUAAUGCCCGAGCGACAGCAGCGCGAGCGCGGCAGCGGAGGAGUGCGCGACCAGUGGGCCGAGAGGGAGCGCGAGAUGGAGCGCAGAGAGAGGACCCGUGCCGAGCGAGAGUGGGACCGAGACAAGGUGCGGGACUUCGGCAAGCCGGGGGAGGAGCGAGAGAGCGCAGCCAGACGCUCUCGCUCGAGGGACAGAGAGAGGAGGCGCAAGGAGAGGGCCAAGAGCAAGGAGAGGAAAACGGAGAAGAAAGAGAAGGCCCCGGAGGAGCCCCCCGCCAAGCUGCUGGAUGACCUGUUCUGUAAAACCAAAACGGCGCCCUGUAUAUAUUGGCUCCCCCUCACAGAAGAGCAGGCGGCGCAGCGAGGAGCAGAGCGCGCCGAGCGCAUGAAGGAGCGCGAGAAGCGGAGGAAGGAGCUACAAGAGGAAGAGGACAAGAAGCGAGAGGAGGAGCGCAAGGAGAGGGUGAAGGGCAGAGAAAAAGAGGGCGGGGCUGUGCCCAGCACGGGGGUGGGGGGUACCGGCCGAGUUGCAGAGGGGGACAGGGAGAGAGAGCGGGACCGCGACCGGGGUCGAGAUAGAGAUAGAGAUAGGGAUAGGGAUAGAGAGGGGGACAAAAGGCGAGACUCGUACCGCGCCCGUGCGGCCGAGUCCAAAGCUGAAGGUGGCGCCAAAGGGGGGCUCGGCGGGGGCCUGAGUGGGGGGCUUGGCGGGGGCCGGCGCUCUCGCAGUCGUAGUAACCCCCCCUCGUCCCGGGACCGACGCCGCUGACCACCAUCUCGGGGGGUGGAACAACACGCUCUGAGCCCAGCGCUGAGGGUUUGGGAGUUUGAGGUUGUACGAUGAGCUGUGGUUUCUGUGUGACACCAUGCUGCCCCUCCCCUUCUCUCCCUGGGGGGGGUUGCGCUCUCGCUGUGGUUCCCCACUGGCUCCUUUCAUUGCUCUUGAUCUUCUGUCCUCCAAAGCCACCGAGCGGUUCUACAGUGUAUCCUGACCCUCAUGCACCUCUUGUGGAUGUACCAGAGAUAUGCCCACCCCCCUACUUGAACAUUAGACCAAAAGCCUAGAAGAGGCAGAUGUUUCAGAACUGUAUUCGACCAAGUCGUGUCGCCCAGGGCUGAAACUCAGCGUAGCUCCUGCUUUCCUUUCUGUCCUCCUCCUGAGCUCUUUCUCCAGGUCUUCCUGCUCUUUUCUCUUUCUACAGCCUGUUUAACACCCCCCCCCCCACCUCCCCCAGCAUUAAUUUGUGCACUGAUUCAUGUUCAGACAGUUUGCUCCACUGUUGCUGGAGCUGCUCAGCUCUUGCACCUUCACAGCUGUGUCCAGUGUUGCACUGAUCCGACACCGUUUGGACUUUCUCACUGUAGUGUAGCGUCCUGUCCGCAGGGGAGGGGCUCUCCGCUCUGUUCCCCCCUUCCUCGCACCACCCCCAAACCCCCCAUGACACUGCCUCCCUCACCGGUCUUCAGUGAAACCGUUCCGUUGCAGGAGAGGUGUGUGAGGUCAGGAAUACCAUCUUCAAGCUUGUCCCUCUUCUCUCCACUCCACCGAUGAUCUCCGGGGGAAAAAGUGAGCGUAGUCCUGGUGCCCCCCACCCCCACCCCCCUUCCAGGUAAUGAGGCCGGGGUUAAACAUUUAUUAAAGAAAUUACUGUUUUAAUAUUUUAAUUUGAUCAUUUUAGUAUGAAUAGUUUGUUUUUGCGUUUGAUUUUUUUCUUCCCUUCUGUAAGUGUUGAAUGUACAAAGAAUAAAAAGGUUUAAGUUUCAGUGCA